GCAGCAGCAGUAGAAGUCUGAACCGGCCCUAGAGGAGCUGGAGAAGAGCCGGGGGGCCAAGCGCUCUCCUCACCCCAUGAAGAUGACGGCUCGAUCCCACACGGCCAGUGAGCUACCCCUGGAGGAGCUGCUGGCUUUGUACGGCUAUGAGGUGUCAGAGCCUCUCAGGCAUUCAGAGAGGGAGACCUGCCAGUUGGCUACCAGCCAGCCUGAUAUGACACUGGACAAGGAUCAAAUAACCAAGGAUCUGUUUCCUGGGGAGGAAGAAGAGGAAUCCUCAGCUGAUGACCUCACCCCCUCUGUCACUUCAAACACCUCCGACCUGCUGCAACGCCUGCAAGGUGGAGACAAAGACACGUUAGUCAGCUCUUCGGAAGAAGACUCGGACGAUACUUCCAUUCCCUCCAAUGAAGAACGUAAGGACAUCAUGGUGGGCUCCAUGUACCAGGCGAAAAUCCCUCCUCUCUGCCCAUACAGCUACCAGGAGAGAGCCCAUGAAAGUAAAGACCAGUUGCUAUGGAGUCCAAGGGUGCUACCGAUGCAGGAGGUGGAGGAGUUCCUGCUGUGUGCUCAGAGGCUGGGUGGCCAGGAGAUGGCAGCACAAACACAGAUACCAGUGGACACCGUCCGUGACAACGAACAGGCGCUGUAUGAACUAGUUAAAUGCAACUUCAAUGCCGAAGAGGCCCUGAGACGAUUACGCUUCAAUGUGAAAGUAUUCAGUGAAGAAUUGUGUGCCUGGAGUGAAGAGGAGUGUAGGAACUUUGAACAGGGCUAUCGAGCUUAUGGAAAGAAUUUUCACCUUAUUCAGGCCAACAAGGUACGAACACGCUCUGUGGGGGAGUGUGUGGAGUAUUACUACAUGUGGAAGAAGUCGGACCGCCAUGAGUACUUUACUCAACAGACCUCAGCCAAGCUUGGCCGCAAGAAGUACAGCCUGCAGUCUGGGAACAUAGAGGACAUGGAUCAGGACGGUGAUGCGGGGGAGCUGGAGGGCAGCAGUAACUCCGGGGGUUUGUCCCACGGCUCCAUGGGCCCCCAGCUGCAGGAGUCCACCCCAUCUCCAAAGCCGAGCAUGGACCUGGACAGACAAGAGGAGGAGGGCCGUCCCCGACGCAGACGAACGCCACGCUUUCUCUUAAAGCCGUGAGCUUGGUGCACACUGGCUGCAGAAAGCAGGCAGGGCCUGCAGGUGGGGGGAUGUCAGAGCUCUACGUCAGCGAAUAUCUUCCGCCACUGUUCAGCUCUCCCUUCUCUCCACUCCCACCAACGGAGGACCUCCGGGGACCUGGCCCUGGUAGAUGUUGCCCCUCACCACCAAACCAACUCCAGGCCAAGCCCUCUCUUUGGAACUCCAUGCGGCCCUGUGGUAACCCCCUGUCCCCCGCUGGCGAGCAUCCCCUCCUGAGCACUGGCUUCUACCAGCUCCAGCUGCACGGGCCUUUUGUCUUGGGGAGCCGAGAUCGCAUCACUGCAGGUUGUGGGAACGGCACCCCGCAGACACUGCAGGUGGACUUUGGC